UUUGUGGCCCUUCUUUCCACACUGGAAACAUGGCCCAAAUGUCCUUGUUGUCCCGGUUGCAUUCAGAAGUGCAGGUUUGUCACUGCUGGAAUUUUCAGCCAUGGCAUCCUUGCGUUCAUCGUCCGCUCGGAUCAGCUCCAACUGCUGCAAGUCAUCCAAGAGGUGGAGGACCAUCUUCCUCCGUUGCUGCCGAAGGGUGGUAGAGAUGCCACAGCCCCACCUCCCUUGCGCGCCUCAUGAACUUCAGCCUCCAAGUGCCGUAGUUCACUCCGUUGAAGCGUUGCGCUUCACUCAGGCCAAUCGUCGGUUUGGCCACCACAUGCCCUUGAGCAAGAGCAUCCAGGAGACUCUGCAUUUGAGAGCUGCCAGGGUUCACGGAUGACCCUGAACUAGCCUCAGCAUCUCCAUUCCCCAUGGCUCCAACUCCCCCUUUGCCUCUACAAGGCACUUAGGACUUCCACAACUCCAACGCCCUUAUAGUGAGGCGUAAUGUGACUAUAACGAGGCUCUGAUACCAGCUAUAGGUUCGCAAGCGCCUCCGGCUGACGUUGGAGAGACUGAGUUGACGUAGAAAGUUUCAGCAGUUUCUAGGGGAGAAUUUGCACUGAAAAAUGAGUUGUAUUUGAACAAGAAACAAACAAGCAUUUAUAAGCAGGCAGAAAGCUUGCGCGAAAGUAGAUCUACCGUUUCCCCGCACGCACGCAUCACCUAGAGCAACCUCAAGCACCUUAUUUUCUUAGGUUUUCUUCUACCGAUUUCUUCAAUUUCUUCCUUGCUGAUUUUCCUAGCUCCACCGCUGUUCCGCCACUUCCGCCGCUGCAGUUAGGAUUCCCGUUUUUCUUCCCGUCGUCAUUCUUUCCCUUGACAUCCGCCUUGCUAUUUCAACACCACUUCCCUUGGAACGAGAUGGGCGGUCCUCACACCGUCCUUAGCAUCGCUGCAUCCUCAUUAGGCAUAGGAAUAGGACAGUAGGGCAGUGGCGAACCACCCU